UUGUGGACUCUUAUGGACUACCAGCCCGUCGUCGUCAAAUCGCACGCCCGGCCGUCCUCCACUAAACACAGCCCAGAGUCCCGAUAUUGGCGACAGUUUAAGUACCCUGUUUUUGUUAAGGAAUACGCUCCCGUCACCUCUGUCCAUUUUUCUCCCUCCAAACCACAUCGCUAUGCAGUCACCGCUGCGACUCGCAUCCAAAUAUAUGCCCCGCGCACCCAAAAGGUCACCAAGACGAUAGCACGGUUUAAAGACGUGGCACGUAGUGGUACAAUACGUGCAGAUGGCAAAUUGGUUGUGGCAGGAGAUGAUACUGGUCUAAUUCAAGUAUUUGACAUAAAUUCGCGAGCCAUCCUGAGAACGUUAGACUCUCACAAACAACCCGUAUACGUGACCAAAUUCUCUACGUUGACUCCUACGCAAAUUCUCUCGUGCUCCGAUGAUACCACGGCCAAGUUGUGGGAUGUCCCUUCCCAAACCAGUAUAUCCACCUUCACAUCGCACACGGACUACGUUCGAACGGGACAAGUCUCAUCAUCGAAUCCCAACAUCAUCUUAACCGGGUCUUACGAUGGAACUGUACGCAUGUUUGACGCUCGUUCCGGCCAUUGCGAGAUGAUCAUGGGUCAAAGCAAAAGCGGCGAAAAGACUGCAGUAGAGCAGGUCUUGAUCUUCCCCUCUGGUACUGUUGCCAUCUCCUCCAGCGGUCCUAUUAUUCGCGCCUGGGAUAUUGUCGCUGGAGGGCGAUGUACACGAGCGUUGUCAAAUCAUCAGAAGACGAUCACGUCUCUAGCUUUCAAUGCGUCCGCUAGCCGUCUUCUAACAGGAGGUCUUGAUCAGAUGGUGAAGGUCUAUGAUGUGAGCACAUAUAAAGUUGUACAUACUAUGCGAUAUCCAGCUCCCAUUCUCUGCCUGGCUGUGUCGCCAGACGAAAGCCAUAUAGCUGCCGGCAUGAGUGAUGGAACCUUGUCGGUCCGUCGAAGACAACAAAAAGCUUCAGAAACGUCGGACAAUGCACCAUUUUCUGCGUCGAAUGUCCGAUCAGGAGCAUUUGAGUCAUUCCUUGGCUCAGGAAUAGGUCAAGGGCAGACCAAGGACAAGUCAAAGUCAAGACCCAUUGGAGACGCCAAUGAAUUCCGGAUAGAAAGUAAGCGUACGAAGCGACUAAAGGACUACGACCGAUUCUUGAAGAGCUUCAAGUACUCUUCUGCCCUUGAUGCGGUCCUGCGCAAGGUGAACUACUUUGUCAAGUAUUCUUGUGCGUGCGUCAUUAAAUUAGGCGUGCAGAAUGUUCCUCCAGCCACCGCCUUUGCACUAAUACAAGAGCUUAUUCAUCGCGACGGCCUUCGCACCGCACUAGCUGGACGUGACGAUGUCCUCCUAGAACCGGUCCUACGAAUACUGGUCAAGUACGUCACUGACCCUCGUUUCGGAGAGCUGGCGUGCGACGUUGCGAGCAUGGUUAUUGAGAUGUACGCCUCCGUUAUAGGACAAUCACCUCUGAUCGAUUCUCUGUUCUUGAAACUGCAGAAGAAAGUUUUGAUGGAACUACGAUUUCAAAGGGAAUUGCUAAAAACCAAGGGUGCUUUGGAUAUGGUAUUCUCACUUACAGCAAUAGACUCCAGAUAAAUUGGGUGCCCCUGGCAGUGG